AUGGAUAAGCUUCUUGAUAAUCAUCAGUUUGCGACUCAUGCUAUCGCCGCCUCGGCCUCUGUCUCGCUAGGCACUGCUCUCGCUUACCCUCUGGAUACUAUCAAAACCAUAAUCCAGGUUUAUUUCUCCUUCUUCUUCUUAAUCCAAUCUAUUCUUCUAUUUGUUUCUAUCGCUUUGGAUUCUCUGGGGAUUGAUUUCGCCAUUGAAGUGCAGGUUGGUUCAGGACCCAGUAAGAAACUAAGCCCUUCUCAAGUCGUGAACAGGGUAUUCCGCUUCUCUGGCUAUUCAGGUCUGUACAGUGGUCUUGGUUGGUUAACUUUAGGGAGAAUAUCAGGUGUUGGUGCAAGGUUCGGUGUCUAUGAGAUUCUCACAGCUUUCUACAAAGACGGUAGACAUGAUAGCUAUGUGCAAGUCAGUGAAGCUUUUCUAGCUGGAAUGGUGGGAGGUGCAGCAGAAACAGUGAUGGCUUCACCGUUUGAGCUAAUCAAAGUCAGAAAGCAAGUCACUGCUGCAUCACGAGCACCGAAUGCUGCUACCGCCGUUGCAGAAACCGCGGCGGUUUCACCAAUGAUCACGAAACUGCUGAGAAGAUACACUCUUGAUGUGAAGUCGUUGACACAAACCGUCAGUCUCUUAUCCAUGUUAAACCACAAACACCCAAACAUGACUGCCGCUUUGCAAGAGUACCCAUGGAUGAUGACCGGAACAGGAAACCCUCCAUCGGCCAUGGAUGUUAAGAGGCCGCUCGAUGUCGCAUCGCUCGAAGGAUGGAGAGCGUUGUGGAGGAAUCUACGUUCGGGUCUUGUAAGAGAUUGUCUUUACGGAGGAGUCUUCUUCUCGACGUGGCAGUUUCUUCACGAGGCAAUGAUCGGCUGGAAAGCUGUCGGAAUGAAUCCUCUGCCCAGUUCUGAAGAAGAAGUCGGACCUUUAUCUCCGGUAGCUGUUAGUCUUGCUGCUGGAUUAUCCGGUGCCGUUGCAGCUGCAGCAUCUCAUAGCUUUGAUACCGCAAGAACACGUGCACAGUGUGUAAUAUUGCCAAAGUAUACAGCAAAAGAGAGGAAGUUUCUGAGAUGGAAUAAACCAGGAAAGAGGUUUGAGAGAUGGACAGGAAUCCAUCCUACAGACAGGAAUCUCCUGUUCCGAGGGAUUGGGAUCAGGAUGGCUCGAAGCUCUGUUGCAUCGACUGUUAUCGUUGGAAGCUAUUAUUUAGCUGUCGAUUUAUUGGUUCCCAAGUGA